GUUGUGAGCUGGAGAGAGAUGCAGCAGGGUGGGUAGCGUAGGAAAACGAAAUAGUAAACUCUGAGAACAAGGUCGGUGUCUAGAUAAAUGUGUUUGGCAUGUUACUUUUGUGCAGUAUGUGUUAAUGCAUUGAUAACUAACUUCUGUUAUAUGUUGUGAGCUUUGUUACCGUGACAGUAAUGUACAAGACUGACGGAGGGAGUGGUAUUUUUAGCUGGCUUGCGGUGACGCAUAGCUAGAUCAUCGCUAGCCAACGUUACUACCCAGCAGUAGAGAAGACUUUGUCGGCCCAUCAAAUUAAUAGGUGUAGGAGUAUUGGCGGUGCUCUGAGAGUGUGUGUGUGUGUGGCGGUGCUCUGAGAGUCUGUGUGUGUAUGUGGCGGUGCUCUGAGAGUGUGUGCGCCCAGAGCGAGCCACCAUGCCCGUGACAUCACAGCUGUUCCGAGGCUUCCCUCGGGCGAAGCUCUGGGGUUCCUCCCUGUUCCCAUGCCAACGCCAGCUCCCCCUGCUGCCCCACCUCCCACCGGCCCACCUCGUCGCCGCCCCACCCCAUAUGGCCGACAGCCAUGCCUGUGCGUGGCUAUAGGAGGAGCCCUGACCUCCACAGCUACAAUCUCACCCCCCCACAGGUCAACUCAAUCCUCAAGGCCAACGAGUACAGCUUCAAGGUUCCAGAGUUUGAUGGUAAGAACGUGUCGUCGGUGAUGGGGUUCGACAGUAACCAGCUGCCUGCCAACGCACCCAUCGAGGACCGGCGCAGCGCUGCCACCUGUCUGCAGACGCGGGGGAUGCUGCUGGGAGUGUUCGACGGCCAUGCGGGCUGCGCCUGUGCUCAGGCGCUGAGUGAGAGGUUGUUCUACUACGUAGCCAUGUCCUUGAUGCCCCAUGAGACCCUGUGUGAGCUGGAGUCGGCAGUAGAGGCAGGCAGACCCCUCAGCCCCAUCCUGCAGUGGCACAAACACCCCAAUGACUACUUCACCAGGGAGGCUCAGACUAUGUACUUCAACAGCCUCAGAACCUACUGGCAGGAACUCAUAGACCUCAGCAGUCCAGGGGAGAGCCUAGGGCCCAGAGAGGCAUUGCUGAGUGCCUUUAAGAGACUGGACAGUGACCUGUCUCUGGAGGCUCAGGUGGGAGACGCCAAUUCCUUCCUCCACUACUGGGUUCUGAGAGUGGCCUUCUCUGGAGCGACUGCCUGCGUAGCUCACAUCGAUGGAUCCGACCUGUAUGUAGCGAACACGGGCGACGGCCGGGCGGUGCUGGGGGUCCAGGAGGAGGACGGCUCGUUCAGCGCUCACACGCUCUCCAACGACCACAACGCCCAGAAUGAGAACGAGGUGGCCCGCAUCCAGGGGGAGCACCCCCCCUCUGAGAAGAAGACUGUCGUACGACAGGACCGGUUGUUGGGCCUGCUGAUGCCGUUCCGUGCGUUUGGAGAUGUGAAGUUCAAGUGGAGCAUUGACUUGCAGCGAGGUGUGUUGGAGUCAGGACCAGACCAGCUCCAUGACAACGAACACACCAAGUUCAUCCCCCCCAAUUACCACACCCCUCCCUACCUCACGGCCGAGCCUGAGAUCACACACCACCGCCUCCGACCUCAGGACCGCUUCCUGGUGCUGGGUACAGACGGGCUGUGGGAGACGCUCCACCGACAGGAGGUGGUCCGGAUCGUAGGGGAGUAUCUAACGGGGGUCCACCAGCGCCAGCCCCUCACCGUGGGGGGUUACCAUGUCACCCUGGGACAGAUGCAGGGGCUGCUGGCUGAGAGGAAGGCCCGUGCCUCCUUGGCGUUCCAGGACCAGAACGCUGCCACCCACCUGAUUCGCCACGCGGUGGGCAACAAUGAGUUUGGAGCAGUGGACCACGAGACGCUGUCCAAGAUGCUGUCUCUGCCUGAGGAACUGGCCCGCAUGUACCGCGACGACAUCACCAUCAUCAUCACACAGUUCAACCCCCACGUGGUUGGACACCAGCGCCAAGGGGGGGAGUCCUGAGCCAGCUCAGCCUCUCAGAGGGGAACGUGGACAUGAACAGGAAGUUUACUUUCUAGAAGGAAAAACACUGAUGUGAGGACUGGGUCUUGCUACAGACACAUAGUUAAGCCCUAAUCUUUAUUUUACCAAACGCGCAUAAAACAUACUGUUUAUGGACUAACCGUGCAGAGGGAGGACUGCCUACCUUCGGACUCAUUAUUUUAGGAUGGUUAUUAAAGAGGUGCGUGUACAGUAUGUGCACAUGUGAGCACACAGUCCUGGUCAUGUGGAUUGUUGAAAUGCUUGCUGAAACUGACCACAAGUUGGCUCUUUUCUGAGUUUUGUGGCCUUGUGUGUGUAUGAAGCUUCUAAAGGAUGUUUGAUCAACCUCCCUGCAGCAUUCUGCUUCUCUGCUCUGUCACAGUCUCUGCCCUGUCACAGUCUCUGCCCUGUCACAGUCUCUGCCCUGUCACAGUCUCUGCCCUGUCACAGUCUCUGCCCUGUCACAGUCUCUGCCCAUCUGUCACAGUCUCUGCCCUGUCACAGUCUCUGCCCUGUCACAGUCUCUGCCCUGUCACAGUCUCUGCCCUGUCACAGUCUCUGCCCUGUCACAGUCUCUGCCCUGUCACAGUCUCUGCCCUGUCACAGUCUCUGCCCAUAGGAAACUUUAAUUUGUGCCAAAAGAGUUUGCUGUGUUAUAACUAUGUUGUCUGAGCAUUGAGGUAAUGAUACGGUGGCAGCCUUUGUGUUUGUUGAAUCUGGCCUGUCUACUCCUCUACAAACAUCCCUCCCUCUUUCAUAUCACAGAUUCUGUGCUGUGCAGUUGCAGCAUCUGUCUUGCUCUAGAGCUGCAACUGGCCUCCAUCCUGGCUCUACUGCAUGGCUCUGCUGUUACAUAGUAGGGCUCUGUCUGGUCUGUGUUCUGUCAUUGGAUGGAAUACUGUCCUUUCUACUUGUUACAGACGGACAGCCAAGAACUCCCAGGCACAACCUCUUGUGUUUUUUGACAGUUAUACGCUCAUACGGGGAUAUGGUAUACUAACGUCAUCAUGCUUACAUGGUGUGGAUUUGAUUAAAAAGUAAACUUUUUAGUUUUUAACAGUGAAUCAUUGCUAGCCUGGUGUCAGAUCUCGGUCUGAUGUAACCAUGGAAUUAGGAAUUAGAACUGUAACCAUCUGUCAUAUUCAUGCCACCUCCAGGAGUGACUAAAACAGAGACAGACUUCGUCAUUGUUGGUAGGACACUAACCACGUUGGUGUGGUUCUAGGCUUUUAUAGGCCAAAUGAAGGGUGUGCAUAAUAUGAGGUUGUAUAUCUUAUGGUGGUGUAUAUUUAGGAGAGGAGAACAUGUAAAGCUGAAGGUGGCUCUGUCUGGACGCUGGCUGAAUACUUGAAGGUUAUUUAUGCAACUUUUAAUAUGUCGCAGGUAUUUAUCCACAAUUAUAUGAGAUGUGACAGGUAUGUAUGUACAGUGUCUUUACCUGUUUGGGCUUGAGACAAAAGUUUUUUUGUAUUUGGAAACUUUGAAUAAAACACUGACUACACACAA